AUGUUUUUUACUUAUUUGUUAGUGUGUUUUUUAAUAACGCUUUGUUUGCUCUCGACGAUUUCGGCUUGGGACUCAGACGAUUUAUCCUUAUUUGACAUUGUUGAGGAUGUGAACAGAAAUUUUUAUGAAUUCUUGGAAGUUGACCAGUCAGCUUCUCAAACUGAAAUAAGGAGAGCAUAUAGAAAAGUCUCACUCCAACUACAUCCAGAUAAGAAUAAGGACCCCGACGCAGAAAACCAAUUCAGAAAACUUGUGGCUGCCUAUGAAGUUUUGAAAGAUGAAAAAAUGAGACUCAAGUACAAUGACAUAUUAGUGAACGGCCUGCCAGACUGGAGACAGCCUGUUUAUUAUUACAGGCGGGUUAGAAAAAUGGGCCUGGUCGAGUUAUCGAUCCUCAUGUCAAUCAUACUAACGGUAGGACAUUUUCUGGUCAUCUGGUCUAUGUACCUGGAGAGGAAGUUCGAAUUGGUUUGA